UGCACGGUGGCGGAGGGAAGAGGGAGAGUCGCUGAGGAGACAGGCAGACAGUGUCUCUGUCACAGAGCCGGGGCCCAACGAUUGUUAAAGGCUUUGAAGAGCGGGAGAGAGUAGGAGGAGGAGAAGAAAAAAAAUUGCAGAUAAAAGAAAGCGGGAGAAGUAAGCGAGGAGGAGAAGCCGCUGAGAGGGGGCUCGAGUGUUGACAGGUCCCCGGAGAAGCGAGCGGCCCCCUCGGCCUGUCAGCGAACAGCAACCAUUUGGCAUCGGGACUUUGCAAUCAUUUUUAACCAUCAUAGGUGCAGACACAUAGAGGGAAAAUUAAAGUGAAGCGGCCCGGAGCCUGGAUCUGACGGUCCCUCAAUCUCCAGCACUUCCCCCAUCCCAUCCCAUCCCCUCCUCCCCUCCCCUCCCCCUCGCCGCCUCUUCAUCUGGAUUUUGGAAACUGGAUUUGGGAGAGAAAAGCCACCGUCAUUAUCAACAGCCCGGGCUGACCCCGGGGGCAAGGUUUCAGUCGGCAGUCACUCCCACAGACUGAUGCUGCAAAGGAGGCAGAAAGGGGGGAAAAAUCAUCGUCUUAUUUGAGGAGACUGCAGCAGUGGUUCCAGUUCUUUUCCUUCUGCACCCAUCUCUCUCUCUCUCUCCUUCCCCCCCCCCCCGCCCCCCAAGUAAGGAGCCCAAUGUCAGUCUUCACUGAGCCGCAUCAGACGUGCUUUGGAUUGAAGAUGUAUUAAAAUUCAGCUGUGAAAAGGAAGGAAGGAAGAGGAAGACGGCAGGAGUGGGGACGGUUUGCCGUGCAUUUGGCACAUCCCACGUGAAAUAGUGGUUUGGAUCCAACUGCUUUCUGGUUAGGUGUAUUUCCUCCCAUCUGGCGAAUGAUCAAAUCAGUGCUGAGAAAUUUCAGAUAAGGAGGUGGGCUCGCCACCUGCUGAGCAGAUAGUGUGUGUCGGUGUGGUCUUCGUACGAGUCUGAAUAUUGGCAGUGGAAUGGGACUGCACAAUUCGGCACUGUGUACGUGGGAUUAAUUCGACAGAGAAGUACAAAUGUGGAAGCAAUCAAAACUCGUCUUUUGCCUUAAGUAGCUGAUGAUAUAGAAACUUAUUCAAGGCAUUCUAGUCUGUCAGUGGUAUGUGACCAGAAUGUGUUGAAAUGCAGGAAGAAGACCAUUGUGUGCUGAUUUUGUAGGCGAAAGUAAUUUAAUCUACAAGUGUGGCUGGAAAUAAAACACAUCAUCCGGCAGUUUUCCCAGCAGUGAUGGCAAGUGUACAAGGAGCUUUGAGGGUACUGGAUGGAAUACACUUGGGUGAAGUAAUGGUGAAAAAAGAGCCAAUAUGCGAUGGAGUGGGAGAAAGAAGCAAUGCUGGAAAAGGUAUUGAUAGAAUUACAAAUGUGUUCAAAGCCCCGGGAGUAAAACAGGAAAGUGGGCAGGGCCUUGGACUGGAGGAGACAGUACACACAGACAUGGGUGUGUCCAAAGCUUGCCUAUUAUCAGGAGUUCGUCCAUUGGAUCUUAACCCUGCUCUCAAACACACAUUGGCACAGUUUCACUUGAGCAGUCAGAGCUCUCUAGGUGGGCCAGCAGCAUUCUCGGCCCGUUGUACCCAAGAAUGUAUGCCACCAGGAGGACUUGUACCCAUGACAUCACCCCCUGUGCUGCCAGGACCACUGCUUAUACCCUCAGACAGUUCAACUGAGCUCACACACACUUCACUAGAGGGAGAGACCAUCUCAUGCUUCAUGGUUGGUGGGGAGAAGAGGUUGUGUUUGCCACAGGUCCUAAAUUCAGUGCUUCGAGAUUUCUCUCUUCAACAGAUCAACACUGUCUGUGAUGAAUUGUAUAUUUACUGCUCAAGAUGUACAGCAGAGCAGCUACAAAUUCUCAAAGUCUUGGGCAUCUUGCCUUUCAAUGCUCCCUCUUGUGGACUUAUAACCCAGACUGAUGCUCAAAGGUUAUGUAAUGCCCUGGUUCAUCCAGGUAUCCUGCCUCCAGAUGCCAACAAACUCCCUGGUAAAACCUGCCUUGCCCAGUUACAAAGCACUGGCUCCAGCUUUGAGGUGGAACAUUGGUGUCUUGGGAAAUGCCAAGGCCUGUUUGUGCCACAGUUUUACAAUCACCCUGAUGCUGCCUGCAUUCAGUGCUUGGACUGCCACAUGAUGUUUUCUCCCCAGAAGUUUGUGCUACAUUCACACAGGUCUCCAGACAAGAGAACCUGCCACUGGGGCUUUGAUUCUGCCAAAUGGCGUUGCUAUGUGCAGCUGAGCCGUAAAUAUGCAGAAACAUCUGAUGAAAAGUUCUUGCAGCAAUACCUAGAAGAAAUGAAAGAGAGAUUCAACUUCAAUAGCCAGCGAAAAAGAGUGCUUGCAAAGCAGUACGGCUCUGAGGAGCUUCAGCUGAAGAAAACACGGGUAGAGCGCACAGAUCCCCAGGAUGAGUUGCCCGAGAAAAGCCUUGACCGAAAGGCUGACUCCCAGCAUACUCUGACAUUCCGGCACUGGUACCCAGUCAUCAAACAAGAAAUGGAUCAUCUGACUCAGCAACAUGCUUCAGUUAUCCAUCCAAGCUGUCUUCUGUACAUGUACGAUAAGGUGAUAGCUCCAAAUGUCACAUUGGCUCCAUCUUUACAACGAUGUAGAGAUGCCGCUAAGUCGGUGAAUAAGGAGUCUAUGGUGAGCACAUCAACAGCCUUGGAAGAGGAGGUGAAACAUCAGAGAGAUAAUGUGAAUAAGCAGUUAAUUUCCUGUUUUGCAUUGUCUCCGGAAGAGGAAGGGAAUAACAUUCCGAGCGCAGAUUCGUUCAGUCCAUGUUAUCGAGCCUCAGAGUCUUCUGCUGAACAUGUAGAAGAAUACAUAAAAUUGGAACUUGCCAGUGACAGAAAUAAACAGCGGAUCGCCAUGGAAUUGAACAGCAAUACAACUAAUACUGACAGAGAGACUGGAAAUUCAACUCUAUGCAUUGGGAUGAGUACAGAAGAGGAGAAUGAAAAAAUAGUGGAACAAAUCAUGAAAACGUACUGUAAACAACAAGAGAAGCUGAAUACCACAAUUCAGCAGAAGAAGCAUCUACAAAUGGAGGUAGAGUUAUUGCAAGUCACAAAGCGGAUGAAACUCAAAGAACUGACUGAGGAGAAGCUCGGGCUGCAGCAAGAACUGGAUUCCCUGCAGUCUGAGCAUGCUCAGAGAAUGAACGCAGCCUGCGAUGAGCAGGCAGAGUUAGAGUGGCGAUUGGAGCAGUUGAAGCAGGGUUGUUUGUGCGAUCAUACAACAGAAAGGAGCCAAGAGGCUGAGUACACUGCACAGUUAUCAGAGUUGAGACAGAGGCUGGACCGAGCAGAAGCAGAUCGCCGAGAACUUCAAGAAGAACUGAGGUGUGAACGUGAAGCACGAGAAAAACUGGAAGCCAUGGUUAAAGAACUGAAGCUUCAAAUCUUAGAAACCUCUGGAAAUAAAGCUGGCACUGAGGUGAACUCUAUAGCAGACUGAUAACAAUGAAAGCUUUUCUGAGGCACCAGCAAUUUGAAGUGAAGUAAUUUUUAGAAUUGCUUUAAAAACGAAGACUGAUGAGUUCAGAACCUACAGCUGCAAGAAAUCUGUGCAACUGAAUUACAGCUGAGUUGGAGAUACUGGAGUUAAUUUUAACUAAUCUAGUUUCGAGCAAAAAGUUGAAACUCUGGUUUAAACUCAUUUGAGUUUUGUAUAUAUAAUACACACAUUCGAUACAAAGCAAAAUGGCAUAGCAUGGGAAAAAAGUUAUUUCAUAAAUUUUGAAAAUUUAUAUGCAUGCAGAGCCAGUCAAACGUCAUAAUCUGUUUUCUGUCCUCUUAAUGUCUUUGUAAAUGGCUUUUGUUAAAAGCAUCAGCAGCAUUGGUCUCAGUCCUUUUGUUUAUUGCAGAAUCCUGCUCACUUUAUAAAUUGCAUAGAUAUGCAGGAAGCUUGUUUUGUAACUUGUUGUCAUUUGAUAAUUCAAAAAACCUCAAAUCUAUUGUUUGGAUUUGCAUGUAUUCUUAUUGGUGCCCCUACCCUUCAUCUCCUCUGAGCUAAUAGUUCUAAUGUACAGGACAGGCCAGGGCUUUAGAUUUUGAAAAGUCCAGUAGGAUGUGAUUUGUUCAUGUAAAAACUUAUAAAGUCCCUAGUAAGAAGGAUUUCGCUUUUUCUUUUCAAAAGGCAGACAUGUGAUGCCUAAAUUGCCACUUCUGGUCAGAUAAGUUCUGAAAACAUACAGUAUAUAACAGGCAUGGUCACAGUUUAAUGUAGUUUCCUCCAAAUGUUGAUUAAUUAUAUAAUAGCAUUUAAUACAUUUUCCAAUUUUUUUGCUACUUUCUUUCUUGAGGCAUUGAUUUCUUGCUGGGGAGCAUUCCCAUUGGCAUGGUUUUCCUUUUGGGAAUUUGCCAGUUGAAAGAUGUGAGCAUUGCUAAUGAGUACCAGCAGGCUUUUAAAGCAUUCAUUCUUGAGCCUGAUUGUAUCUUCACUCAAUGUCUACGCACAUCCUCUUCCAGUUGGAGCCACUGGACAGUGAUCAGGGGUGAAACCAUGACAGCUUUCAGGCAUCCAAAUCUGGGGAGCUAGGACUAAUUUUAGUGCCCCCUGCUGUCAUCUCAGUUGAGAUUCGCCAACACCAAAUCGAUUCACUACUGAAUCUGAGACCUCCCUGGUCUGUGCAGCAAAUGGGAAUGUGACAUCUGUAACAACCCAUUUUAAUAGAUUUUAUAUGGUUCUAUAACAAAAGAUUGAUCAGUUCCCUGAAGUAUGAGAUGGCUCUGAAAGAAACAUAUAGAAUAAAUAUACUAAUGGGAACUAAAAUACUCAACUGUAUAGGUUUUAAUAUGGAUGCAGAAUCUUUUGGUUCACUGGCUUUUCACUGCAGAUGUAACUUGCGUGCUUGUAUAUAUUUAACACGCAAAUACUAUGAACUUGUGUAAGGAGACCUUUUGAUUUCCAUUUGUGAGGUUACACAUCUACCUCUUUUCCUGACCUUUCAGCUGCUAUAGUUACAUAAAUUUAAUGCUGCCUCCAUUCAGACCCAGUAUUUGUGUGAAAUUACUAUGGGUGUAUUGCAUCAUACAGUACCAAUCCUGUUGGCAAAAUAAGCAACCAGAUUAUUGUUUCAAUUCCUGUUCAGAAUUUGUAAUUUUGUUAAAAUUUUAUGUUAGCCCUUUUCUCAACAUUCCCUAUCUGCCCUCCCACACCAGAUACAAUAUCUAUAAGUUUGGUAGUAUUAACCUUAACACUGGUGCUAUCAAAGGGCUGAUAUUUGAACUAGUUGACCUAAUAUCUUGUUCCAGUGUUUUAUAUUUUGUUUUUCUUGGCUUCUCUACAUGUUAUUGUUUGUACGCAUGAUGGGGAACUGAAAACUAACAUUUCCUGGCAGAUGUUUACAUAACGGUACUUCACAGUUUCUUCACCAUUUUAAACUUGGUCUUUUGCACAUUGAGAUCCAACUUCGGCAUUUAAAGUUAACACUAUUAGUAAACAUGCUAGUAGCUAUUACAUUUGCGAUUGUAACUUACUUGUGGCUAAUGACUUACUCAAAUCUGGGAAGUGAUGUGGACUUUAAAAACAGACAAGGAAGAUUAGAUUAAUAAAAUAGUACAAUAAACAAAGUAUUAGGCAUGAACAAACUAUGUUCAUAGUUCAUAAAUAAACUCUCAAAAUUAGCUAGUAGUCUUAAAAGUUAAUCCUGAAGUUCAAAUUGCAUACCACAACUUCAGGAUCCUUUGCUUUUGCAGUGAUUUCAAUCAAGCAAGUCGCGUGGGAGACUAUACUUUUACUCAUAUUCAUUGCCAAAGAUUUCCAUUUUACAUGAUUUCUAUUAAAUUAUGCCAGGAAAACUGUUAAAAAAAAUCAUAGAUAUUAUAUAAUGAAUGGUGUGGAUUUUGGUUUAUUUAAUCUAAUUUUUCCCUGUGUGAAACAAAAUACUUUUUGUUGCUUACAGUGGAAGUCUACAGCGUUGAAUUUAAAACAAGGGGAGUAACCAUAGACCAAGAAUGUGGGGUUUGAUUCUUGGACUCUGCCUUGAGAUACUCCAGUUGGGACAACAUAGGAGUGCUACAAUUGGCAUUAGUCUCUUGAUUAGGGUCAGAUUAAAAUGGUCAUGGUUCUAACUCCCGAUCACUCUGAAUUCUCCCUUCUUUAGAAAUGGGGUCAUGGUGAGUGAAAGAGAACAGAAUCAAACUUUACUGCAAAAGCUUCAUGAUUGAAUAUCUUACUGGCACUCAUUACACAAGUGUCAGAAGUUAAGAGGGGUAUUGAAGAGUGUUUCUAGCAUCUACAGAACAGGCAAUGACAUCGGGAGAUCUGAGAAAAUUGAAGCUAUCUAACAGUAUGAUUUCCUACCUUUAUAGCGUUUUGUUGCAUAACCAGUGUUAGUUUGUUUUAGCCACUUGUGUCCUGUCAUCAGUAAUUCACACCACUGCAAAAUCCAAAAGAGCUGGACUGUUUGUGGAAUCUCGAGUGUCUUCAGCUUAGUCAAGAGCAGUUUUCUUUUGGAAAGUUGGAAAUCUCCAUUUUUGCAAUUUACAUGUCCCCUGUAAACACUGAGGGUUUUGCACCAACAGAUUUUCAACAGGCAUGAUAAAUUAAUUUCCUCAUUCCUCUCUGGAUUCCUGUUUUAAAAUAGCCAUGCUGGAACAACUGUGUUUCUGACUAUUUGAAUGUACGUAGUAAUUGAACACUAAUUGUCUGCUCAGUGACGUGUUUUAUCAGCUGCUAGCAGCUUGCUCUGUGCCAGAUGUAAUAAACUUGUAAACACAUUUAUAAAGAAUGAAUUUAAUGUUUGGCUGCGCCCAAUAUGCACUGAAAAUGUGGCCCCUUAGAAAAUGAGUUAUGCUGACAAUUAUGAGCUUCUACAUAUAAAAUGCUAGGUAAAUGGACUUGGUAACUCAGCAAUUUAAUGAAAAUAUAAUCAUAGUUUUGUAUCAUUCGAGAUUCAUUCUUUAAAAAAUAAUUUUCCUGUCUGCUCAUUUUGCAAAUGCUGAGCUGACCUGGUUAAGCAGACACUGUAUUUUGUAUAUUUGCACUUUUGGAGCAGGAAAGUGCAUUAGCUUUUAUUCCAAUUUAGGACAGAUCAAACAACUUGAUUGAAGCAGGGAAGAGGUACUGUUGUAUGCCCUUCAAUAGAAUAAACCUCCUGGAAAUAAUUAAAGGAAGCAUAAAGGUUGCUGCUGCUGGCUUAACACAAAGUGAAUUGUUUCUGUUGAAUUGAUGGCCGUGUUCUUAAUAUUUGCCACUGUCAAAAUACAGUCCAGGCAACUUGUCUGGCUUUGGGCAUCAGUGAUUAAUGUUAAGUUAAUGGAAUUAGGGCGUAGCCUAUUUAGAGAUGAGAGCUCUGAGGAGGGUUGGCGCACUAUAAUAGUUUUUUUUUCUAUACCUGAUCAGAAUCCAGCAAUCCUGCAGUUGCACGUGGUGCUGAAUUGGUAACGCUUGUCUACAUCUUACACUGUUGAUGCAUUGAUAAAUAGUUAACCAAAAGAAUAUUUUUGAUUUAGGAUGGUCAUCCCCUAUGCUACACCUUGUGUGGAAAUCCAUUUUCUGAUGAGGAGGAGGAAAACUCACUUCUCUAGUGGCCUACUGUGCCCACUUAAACAUUUAGCUGCAUUCUGAACCUCCUUCAUGCUUUGUCUGUGCUACUGACCUGGUAGAAUAUUCCUAACAUUUUAUCACUUUUUGCUUUGAGUUAAGAAAUCCUUCUAAUAUCUUUAUUAAUUUACCUUUUGACAAGUUGCAUUGAUGUUUUACGAUUUUUGUUUUUCCUGGCUUAAUUUGAAGUAAUAGCCUGGGGUUCGUUUGACUGUAGAAUUUAAUAUCAAACUUUGGAAUGACGUAGAUUCAUUUGUUGGAUGAACAACAUAUUCAUGAUAACAAUUACUAUUCUGACAAUGAAUUUUGGGUUCAUCUUUGCAUUGCACUGGCUGAUGUAGUCAAACUUACCCUGUUGUUAAUCACAUUGCAUGCUUGGAAGGUCAAUGUUAACUGCAACUUACUUAGAAUUAUAUGUAAAUGCAUUUAAAGCUCUUUCGUGUUCAGGCAGGUUUUGAAAUUUUUUGACUUUGCUCCUUUUGAUACUACACAUGAGGCCCUGAUAAUUCAUCUAACCUGUUGAUUUCUUUGCUCUUUUGGCAUUAUUUGUCCAACAUUCUUUUCUUUCAUAUGUGUCUGUACUUUUUCAUUUUUGUUUUGUUACCAAAUUUGAACUGGUAAAUCACACUUCUGUCUAAGGGUAUUCAGCUGUAAAUAAAAUUUUAGAGAUGAUAAUGUUUGAAAUAUAGCUCAUAGAGAAAAUGGAUGACAAUUAAUUCUGUAUAUUCUUCAACUUGUAUAGCUUUAAAUCUUGUAAACAUUUCAAUUAUACUGGAGCUAAGUGUGAGAACCUAUCAUCUUGACUUUCCAUGACCUUGCUUUGUGAUGCUACACCACUGUUUGGCUGAAAUUUGAACUAAGCUUCAUCACGCUCCUGUGAACUCGAACAAUUCUUUAUGAAUGAGAAAUUAUUUUGUUGGCAAAUUGAUAACUCAGUCGGUUAAGAAAGAAAAAAAAUCUCUAAUUCUUCAGCACUAUUUCUUGAAGUGGUUAGCUGUGUUCGAUUCAGAAACAAAAACUCUUCUGAAAUUCUACAAACCCAACUGUAACAGCUGAAAUCCAUAACUGAGUUUUUACUUUCUAUGUUCCCAUUAAUUGUGCGUUUGCCUUAUAAAUUGGGAGCACUGUGAAAGAACAAUAUGUAAUUUAUUCAAAUUUAAUGGAAAAAUUGACUGGUAAAAUUCCUUUUAAAAUUGUCAUUAGAGCUGGUAAAAUGUCACUGCUUACACAUAGAUCCAAGGUGUUUAGUCAGCUUUGUAUUUCUUGCUUCUACAUCUUUUUGUUUCAAUUUAGCAGCUUUUGUUUUGCUAGUUAAAUACAGUUGGGACUCAAUUUCUCACAGUUGUCUUGCUUUGGGUUGGUUUAAUGCCCUUUUCACUUUUUAUUAGGCAAUAAGUAGUUCCAAUACUGCUGUGAUAGCCUGGCUCGCAUGUGGUGAGCUGAUUAGAGCCUGGUGCAGUGUUCCCAAUUUAAAGCAAGAUUGAAACCUGCACAUCUGUUUCCAGCAGUGGCUAUUAAUGUACCUAAAAAGCACGAAUAUUUCCAUGUUUGCAGUGAUUGUUUCUGGGAGAACAUUUAUGAGGAAGAGGCCGUAUAAUUCAGGAGACUAUCAGAAGCAGCAAAUGGAGGUGUGAGACUCUCUCCAGCAGGCAGGAGUUUAAAUUCGCACUGGGUGUACUCAUAGCUCUAGGCAUAAUUCUGCAAAAAGAUACAAUAGACAUUCAGUCCCAGGCAUAAAGUUAGAUGUCAGAUAUUGAAACUAGGAGAUCAUUCAUGCGCUAAUUUUCAAGCCUCUAAUGCUGGAGGAAUCUCAUUGGUUAUUGCAGUAGUUUUCCCUCUGGCCGUCAUUAGUAUCUUCAGAAGUAUAUAUUUGUAGAUUGUUUUUGGCAUUUAGUGGUAGCUAUCAGUGCUCCACUAUUUUACAUCAUAAUUGGCCCUCCUUUGACCUCUCAAUGUUAUCUAAUUGGAAAGCCAAGCAUUCACUGGACAUUUGGAUUUAGUCUGAAUCUUAAUAUUGCUAAAUAAUAAAAAUACUAUGACAUAAACAUUUAGCCAGGCCUAUGGCAUACUAGGAGAUUUUCUUCCUCAGCUUUGAAGAGGGGUUCCAUUUGAAUAUGUAUGUGCUUAGUAAAUAUCCCAGGAAAUCAUUUCAGCUUGCCACAGGAUAGAAAUGUGCACAGCAAAUUUGACAGGAAGUUUUAAUAGAAAGCUUUUAAUGUGACAUAAGUUGUGAAUUUAACAGCAGAAGAAAAAGACACAUUAUAUAAAAAACAAUUAUCUUGGAGCUUGUUAUUCAGUGCAGCGUCGUAUAGAUUAUCUUUGCUUGCACAUGGAUGUUGAGGUAAGGACAAUUGUAAUGCAUGAAAGCUCGAGAUAUUUUGUAAACUACACUGGUGUGCAUCUAGUGCAAUUUUAAAUCAUCAUUUUAAAAUUUGCUUUUAAACAGUUACAGUAAAUUCAGAGUGCUUGGAUUUAACUGAACCCUGACUGGAGAUGAACAAUUUCAUUAACUGUUUUGUCAUAGCUCUACGUUGAAGUGCAAGUAACAGUGCUGUAUGAAAAGUAGGAAUGAGAAAUUUUGAUAUUAAGCUUAGUAAUACAGUGAUCUAAAAUUUGUUUGCAUUUUGCCUUUAAACAUUUAAUUUCCGGGGGUGGGAGGAGAGAGUUGUGGGGAGGGUCCUGUUUGCGUCAGAGCUGUCGACUGGGGUCAGGUAAUGCAUCUGCAGUGUUUGGCCAGUGACAUCCCAGCCAUUGUGUAUGUUAUCCAAGGACCACUGGAUUUGAACCACACAGCUAGGAGCAGUCGACGUACACGUUAUGAACAAAGGUGAAUCCGUACAUGAUGCAGUAUUGACACAAUGAGAUAAUGCUUCCAUUUACGCACUUCUUAACUGAAAGAGGUGUUUCCUCUCACCCGUUUAAACCUUUGAAAGCUGCAAUGAUGUUCCUGCAACAAAAAAAUGUACCAACAGUUUAGAAAAUACAGUACUGUGAAAUAAAGAGCAAUUCUAUGUUUAGAUUCCAGUGAUUGUAUUUUAUAAUCCACUUUUGAAAUUUACACUUUCUACAGAUACUAUAACAGAUGAUGUGUACAGUAAAAAUUGUUAAUUGCAACAUGUCACAAUGUUGCUUAUAUCUAAAAUUGUAUAUAAUGGAAGUGAUUAUAUCAAUACAGGUAAAGUCAGGAACAGAUUUGGAACUAGGUAAAUCUUUGCUUUUAUUAGGUACUUCGUUAUAUCAGAUUGUACAGAAGUAAAUUUUGACUAUAUGUACCUGGAAAGCUGAGAAAAGGUAUUUGGCACUCAAAGGGUUGAGAUAAAUAAACCAACAAACUUUGUUGAUUCAUGUUGACCACUCUUUGCUAUUAUCAAGUAGUAAUGGAAGGUGUGUGUUACCAACACCUUAACCCAAAGAGGCUUCCUGUUAAAGAAGUAAUCUUGUGAUUGCCUGCAAUGCAUUAUUACAUGGACAUUUUUCCAGUAUUUACCUCAUGAAAUCAAUGCAGAUUUUCUACUGUCUCGUUAACAUAAUUGCAAAGUGGUAAACAUAAAAUAUUUACAGAUGUACAGUACCUAGUUAUUGUAAUGUAAAAUGUCUGUUGUAUUUAUUUUCCAGAAUCUUGUUUAAGCAGCAUACUGAACCAAAAUGGUAAUGAUUGAAGCUGUGCAUGUAACCGAUAGUUUACAUUUUUUGUACAUUGUUCACCUUUGUAAGAUUCCAUAUUUAAACCAUGAUCAAAAAAAAAUCAUCUGAAACCAAAACAAUUUCAGACAAAACUGCAUGAACAGUCAGUCUGAAGCACAAUGAUUAAAAGUUGCUGAAUAAC